AUGGUGCAUUUUUAUCAUAUACGACUUUUAAAGGUUCAGCCAGUGCAUGAAAGAGGGUCAAAAACAUGUAUCAUUAAAGCGGUUUUCACUUUAACAACAGAUCUUGGUGAAUAUUUUUAUCCAGAACACUGUCCCUUACAAGUUGUUGUCGCUGAUGUUUCAAAAGGAACACCUAUUCCUCUUAAAAGCGAAUCUGUCGCCUGGAAGGGUUAUGAAGUUGCGUCGACCGUAUCUCUAACCAUUCCAGUUAGCUCAAAGAAACUUCAACUAAUUAUUUUUCCACGAAGAACGAUACCCAAUAUUUCGCUGCAGGAUUAUCAUGACAUACUGCCCGUUUGGAGCGGCUCGUUUUCCCUGAGUAAAGACGUAGGACCUAAGCACGUCUGGAGGUAUUUACAACAUACGGACUGGGAACCUUUCGGACUGUGCUUUAUGGAACAGAUGGGCGAGAGCAUUGCUAAACAUAUAUGGGAUGCAGGGAUUAUUUUAUCUGAAAAAAUUUUAAAACAAGAACCCGAAUGGACAUUAUCCGAUAAGAAGAAUUUACAAGUUUUAGAACUUGGAGCAGGUUGUGGAAUUUUAGGCAUUUCUGUAGCGUCAAAGUAUCCGAAUGCAAGUGUAUGCAUGACUGAUUUGGAGGAUGCUCUUGGUAUCUUACAAUUAAACAUCUUUGAGAAUCGACAUCUUCUUCACAAUAAUAUUUCUACUGACGUAUUUGUCUGGUCUUCGCAAAUACCGCCGAAACUACAGAAAAGAUGGGACUACAUUCUCAUGUCCGACGUUAUGUAUAACGACUCAAGCUUUUCUUCCUUAGAAGCAGCCUUGAAAUCCUUAAUGCAAAGUCAAACCAGGCUUUUUGUUUCCUACAAGAAGCGUCACGAAAAUGAGAAAAGUUUCAUGGAUCAUCUUUUACAGUGGUGUUUACUAGAGCAUGAAAUUGUUCUUGACUCCAUCAUAUUGUACUCUGUGGUAAAAAAAUAG